AUGCGUCAAAAUGGAGGCUACUACUCCAAGACCGGUCGCAAGUGUUGGCCACCAGCUCUGUCACCGCAGCCACCUACACAAGGACCAGCACCUUCGCCACCACCCCCCGUGAAUCCGAAGGCAGACGGCGGCAUCCUGGAUUUCAUGAUCUCGUGGUUUCCUGGACCCCAUUGCUUGAUCGGUGCAAUUGAAGGUUUGCUUGGAAUGAGCUCCUGCGCCUGCAUUUUCCCAUGCACUGGACGGCAAGCCCGGCGCCUUGUGUGUCAACAGCGCAUGAAUGCACUGCAGCCGCCGCCAACACACCAGGCCAUGCUCUUGGACGAGGGCCACAUCGAAGUGGUUCCACAACAUCAUGAAGAGCACACUCAAGCAGCUGAAGCGGUCUGA